AUGGCACAGCCCCCACCAAGCUCCCCCGUCGUCCCCUCGCUCUAUCCCGCGCGCAGCAAAACCCUCUCCGGCGACGUCAAUGGCAUCCCAACCUCGAUCCUCUACAUGUCUUUUAGCGACAAGAUCCUCGUAACCAUCUCGCAGCGCGGCAGACUCGCGCACUGGGUCCACGUCCCGCUCGACUCCCCCACCGCCCUAGACCCCUCCACCCAACCUCCCCAUUCCUCCUCCGCUUACGACGCCGACGACUCCGACAGCGAAGCCCCACCUUCAGACCUCCUGCCCCUCCCACACCUCACAGCCACGCCGCUGCUCGGCGGCACCGACCCGGCCAUCUCGACGCCGGGCCAGCUGCUGGCGACGCAGAUCGCGAGCGCCAUCGCCGUACGGGACGCGGACGAGCGGCGGACUGUGGUUGUCGGCAUGGGGCUCGAGAGGGGGUUUGGUGCCCCGGGGAGGAGCAGCGGGAGGGAGGAGUUUGUCGGGGUCGUGGAGCUGGUGUUGCGGUGUUUGGGGUGA